UCUCAUCUUGUCCAGCCCUAACUCCUGUUACUCUAUUGCAAUCCAGCCUUCCCUCUUCUACAAUGGACCUCUUAGACUUUCUCCUCCUCUUCUUCUCACUUCUCCUCACAUUCCUUUGGUGGAGAUACUGGUGGCCCACCAAUAUGAUCCCCAAGAACCUCCCCCCAGGCCCCACCGGCUGGCCUCUGGUAGGCAACCUAGUACAAGUCCUCCUCCAACGUCGUCCCUUCAUGUACACUGUCCGCGACCUACGAUCAAAAUACGGCCCCAUCUUCACCAUCAAAAUGGGCCAACGAACGCUUAUCAUCGUCACGAGUGCAGACCUCAUCCAUGAAGCCCUCAUCCAGAAAGGCCCCAUCUUCGCCAGCCGUCCUCCCGACUCCCCUAUCCGUCUCUUAUUCAGCGUCGGAAAGUGCACCAUCAACUCGGCCGAGUACGGUCCGUUGUGGCGCACAUUGCGUAGGAACUUCGUCACAGAGCUUAUACAUCCAUCAAGAAUCCGUCAGUGUGGAUGGAUACGUGACUGGGCCAUCAACAACCAUCUAAAAAGACUCCAAAACGAGUCAUUGGAUCUUGGUUCUGUCGAAGUCAUGCGCAACUGUAGAUUCACCAUAUGUAGUAUUUUGGUAUGUAUAUGCUUUGGUGCAAAGAUAGGAGAAGAUCGUAUAAAAGAGAUCGAGGCCAUGUUGAAAGAUGUUAUGAUGAUGACAACGCCCAAGCUACCGGAUUUUCUACCUGUUUUCAUGCCGUUGUUUUGGAAACAGCUGAAGGAAGCGAAGGAGCUAAGAAGGAGGCAGAUGGAAUGUCUUUUACCAUUGGUAAGGAGGCGGAAGGAGUUUGUUGAAAACGGUGGGGAUGUGGUUGGUGCAUCUGAGAUGGUUAGCCCGAUCGGGUCUGCGUACGUGGAUUCGUUGUUUGGGCUCGAGCCAACGGGUCGGGGUCAGCUUGGGGAGGAGGAGCUGGUUACGUUGUGUUCGGAGGUUAUGAAUGCUGGAACGGAUACAAGUGCAACUACAGUGGAAUGGGCUCUACUUCAUCUUGUCAUGAAUCAGGAAAUGCAAGAGAAGGUGUAUCAAGAGAUUGUUGAGCAUGUUGGGAAGGAAGGGAAGAUUGGUGAAGCUGAUGUGGAGAGGUUGAGUUUUCUUAGGGCUGUGGUUAAAGAGACGUUUCGACGGCAUCCGCCGAGUCAUUUUGUGUUGUCUCAUGCAGCGACGGUGGAGACGGAGUUGGGUGGGUAUGUGGUUCCUAUGGAUGCGAAUGUGGAGUUUUAUACUGCGUGGGUGACGGAGGACCCGAGUGUGUGGAAGGAUCCGAGUGAGUUUAGACCCGAGAGGUUUUUGGAGGGGGAUGGGGUGGGUGUGGAUGUGACCGGGUCUAAGGGGGUGAAAAUGGUGCCAUUUGGAGCUGGGAGGCGGAUAUGCCCGGCUAUGACGUUGGGUACGUUGCAUGUGCAUCUGUUGUUGGCUAGGAUGGUGCAGGCUUUCAGGUGGGUGCCUGUUCCAGGAGCCCCACCGGACCCGACGGAGACCUUUGCAUUUACGGUUGUGAUGAAGAGCCCUUUGAGGGCUGUGAUCUUGCCUAGGUGAUCUCUCUCUCUCUCUCUCUCUCUCUCUCUCUCUCUCUCUGUGUGUGUGUUUUGUGUGUUCGCAUUCUUGCAUAGACGGGCCCACCGUGGGUUGGAAAUGGUCUUAGAAUUGCGACUAUAGGAGGAUAACAGUCAUAUAAAAAUGGAUGUAAGACCAUCUAACCGUCCAUUUUUGUGGGCCCUUAGUUGGUUUUAAUAUUUGGAUGAGGAUGAUUUUUGGGCCAUAUAUCUUCAACCAAUGGUGCUGUA